GCCGCGAGCACGCCUUGUGAUGCGCCCCGCGUGUUAACGCGACAUGGCCUCGUCCACGACCGGUAACAUCGUAGUCGAGUGGUUGCGAUCGCUACAUCUGGGCCAGUACGCCGAAAGUUUUAUUGAUAAUGGAUAUGAUGACUUGGAAAUAUGUAAACAAGUUGGAGAACCCGAUUUGGAUGCAAUCGGAGUUCUCAACCCUGCUCAUCGGCAAAGACUGUUACAUUCUGUUAGAUCAUUGAGAGAAGAAGGUGCUGCGGCUGUCUACUUUACACUUGAAGAGGCAGCCGCAGCGAGAGAUACAUGUCGAUGUGAGGAAGAGACAAGGAAGGAACAAGCAUCGGCGACCGUAGAGCCGGCAAAGUACGCCGACGAAUAUGAAGAAGGAAAAGCUGAACUCGUAAAAAUACCGCGGAUGCAAUUGAAGCGGCUUCUUCGAGAGCGUCUUGGUCAAGAUGGAAUUCGGCUGAGCUUGCAGCCAUAUUCAACAACGGAUGGAGACCGAGGAUACUUAGAAGGUCUCGCAUCGCGAUACGCGGAUUUGUUCUCCACGCACUAUGGUGACGUAUUGGACCAUCUAGAAGAAUUAAGAAGACACGAAUGGGAGGAGAUGUCUCCAAGAAUGAGGGUUCUUGGAGGACCAGGGACCCCACAGACACCACCUUCUGCAAGCCCAGGAUCUUUGGCUUUGAACAAUCUCACCACAUCACAUUCACAGCCAAUUUACGUGCCUGGAAAAUACUCGUGCUCUUCUUGUUCCCAGCCUUCGAGUUGCCUCACCGACAAGGAGGAGGACGAAAUUUACGGCUUCGGUUACGGGGUGUUCGGCAAACAGAUGUUGCAGCGACAACAACAACAGAAACAACUGUUGUUGGCGCAACCGACCCAACCCUUGAUGCAUAAUCAGCAGCACAAUUAUCAGAGUUGCUUAAGUCCACGGUCAGCUUACUUCUACGAAUUCCCGCCUAGUGAUAACUGCCUCGGCACUGCAAAGAAGAAAGUGACCACGUUUUCAAGACUGCUCCGCGGAUUGAAGUCCCACAGAAAAGAGAAGCAUGGUUCGUGUUCGCCAAAGCACGGUCACAGUCCACGGCAAAUGAUACCGCCACAAAGAGUCGACACUCCAGACAGCGUGCUCCAAAGUGGCCUAGGUUUGGGUCCCGGUCCAGACACAGUUCUGAGGUCCAUGAUCGACCCAAGGGAUUAUGAUCGUCUCCGCUCCUUACAAAUGAGUGCCGCCCAACCAAACACCUUUGAAGAAACGAUUCAUAGGUUAAAAGUACAGGAAGCCAUGAAGAAGAAAGACAAACUAGCAAGAGAACAAGAAGAGAUACUUCGGGACAUUAGGCAUGGCCUAAUGAAUAUGGGAAGAGACGGUGUUAGGGGGCCUUUUGGAGACGACACGUAUAUGUACGACGAUGAAGCAAGAGGCCUUACAGGAAGAGGUCAUUGGUAUGAUGAACCCCCCUAUGAGAGUGAUCCUGAAGAUUUUUUGAUGGGUGGCGGUGCACCAGCAGCGUCCUUUCAGAAUGGGCGUGUUUGUUUCACGCUAAAUCUUCGCAAUGAACCAAGAGGUGAAGGCGUAAUAUCGCUAAGAAGUGCUGGCGACAUAAGUUUAGCUAGAGCUCCUAGAAGAGGAUUGAUAAUCCCGCAAAGCGGCCCUUACCCGACCACAGUGAUCCCGUUACGGACAGCAAGAGAUCGAGAAAGUGGGGAUUACGCCGCGUCCGACAUACAGUCAAUAGGUUCCAGAUUAUCGGGUAUUUCAUUAGAAUCAAGUCGAUCCGAGCGAGAUUCUAGACGGGGUUACAGACAAAUGUCAGGCUAUCGGAUAGGCGCCGACCCUUUGUCCCCCGCUUCGUCUGACUAUGAAGAUCAAGAGAGUGAAACGGAUUCUCAACAUAUAGCAACUGUACAUAAGUCAGCAGAAGAUUGCGAAGGUGUGUCUAAUUUAGCAGGAAAAGUAAGAGGUCUAAGGCAAGAUGUACAAAGAAAAAUAUCGAGGCUAAGACAAGAGCGCGGUCCUGAGGGCAGCGAUAGACGGAUCAGUGGUGACCAAGCAUUUCCCUGUUCUAAUAGUUCUUUCGAAAGUCUUCCCAGCGGAUCAGGCAGUAGCACACAAGCAUUGGUACGGGCCGGUAGUAAUCACUCAUCUCUGUCGGCAGAAGAAAACAUAGAAUUAAGUCCGGCCGGGCGGAGUUUGCUUGUGCCGCAGAUGCUAUGCCGGGCCCGUGCACUCGUCGAUUACGUACCCAAUAUUUAUGAGAAAGAGGCCCUGAGAUACAAGAAAGGAGACAUCAUAGAGGUGAUCAAUAUGAAUGCUUCUGGUAUUUGGCGUGGAGUACUAAACAACAAAGUAGGAAAUUUCAAAUUUGCGAAUGUUGAAGUUUUGUCAGAUAGAGAUACAAUUCGGUCAAGAUCUUCCAAGUGGUGCAAAAGCCGCGAAAGACUCUGGGAAACUAGACCGAGAACUGUUGAAGAACUGUUGAGAAGGAUAGACUUACCCGAAUACACUGUAGCUUUCUCUAGAAACGGAUAUGAAGAUAUUGAACUAUUUAAAGAAAUUGAGCCGUCAGAUUUAGAUUAUCUUGGAAUAAUGACUCCUGAACACCGAACACGCAUCUUAGCUGCUGUACAACUGCUGCACCAACUUGAAUGUGGCGAGGGCGACGGGGAAGGCGAGGGCGGUGGUUCCAGUUCAGAAGGUGGCGAGUCACCAUUUGGCCGACGUCAAUUUCCCCGGGACUCCGGCUGCUACGAAGCGAGCGUCGGCGUCGGUGGAGUCCGUGUCCGAACUUCACCUCUAGUACAUAGAGCUGACGAGCCUACUCAUAGGCCACCAGAUCCUGCUCCCCAAGCAAAACGGUCGGUCAGACGUCGACAACCCGAUGAUGCGGAAUGCGACAGGAUCGAGCGUUAUCCAGGAACGGUUGGAGAAAGAUCAGUAGCCCGAACCGGUUUGCCUGGAGGAGCUAGAGAUGAUACGUGUGAAUCUGACCAUCGUUUGAAUGUAGUCAAGUUUGUAGCUGGGGGUGAGCCUUGUGCUUCAGAGAAAAGUAGCGACUCAGGUGUCAGUAGUUCUUCAUUGAGUUCUGCUCAUCCUCACCGCCCCUGAGCGCGGCCUGCCGCGCCGGCGCUGGCGUAGGCGCUAGCGCGGGCGCGAGCGCAGGCUGCGCUGACGCCCGCUUCCCCCGCUGACGCGGAAGACGAGGCACCGCCCUAGUGCGUGCCGAAACUAAGCGGGGAUUAAUAUUAUAGAUCCAUCUUUGACUGUUACAUUAGUACUUUGACUCCAAAUAAAUAAGAAUUAAAAUUAGAUUCGUAAACACAUAGUAUUGGAUGACAUUUGUUAGAUCAACAAGAUUAAUAUAAUGUCAAUCAAUAGUAACUUUAAUCUUUAACUAUCAAGACAUAUUUUUAAUUCCAAGACUGAAAUUUUGUGUGACUAACUUCUUUUUCAUUUAAUUAGUAAAAUUGACUUGUAAGCAGAUACGGGCGGUACCGCUUUUAUUUAAAUCAGAAAAUGUUUUAUAAAUAUUGUUAACAACAUUAAGGCUUUCUCAUAGAUGCAGCUAUAAAUAAGAUUUUUUGGAGAGUUACAAGUACAGUGCAGAAGACUAAAUGCAUUUUAUAUUAUGUUGUCUAUAUAAUAACUUAAGUAUAAUGACAUCUAUUGCGACUAAGACGAUGGUAACUGCUUCUAUGAGAAAACUUAUUACAUUGCACACAUAAUACUUUCAUUAAAUUGUUGAAAAAAUUAUAUUUUUAUGUAACAAUUGGAGAGCAAUAAAAAAUAUGAACUUGUGAGGAAUAGUCUCCCAAGAGACAUGACUAAAAAUGACGUCACGCUUGUGGUUAUAAUUGAAAUAUUUUAUCCUGUACGAUUGUUGGUUAUUACGGUUUCGAAACAAAUUUUGAAAUCGCUGUUAUCAUUCCUUUAGUAACUAGCAUAUCAGUGACAGCGCCAAUGUUAGCUUUAGUUGCGUUUACUUAUAUUUUUCACGUAAUUUUAUUAUGUACUUAAUGAUUAUUCCCAACCAGAUUCCCAUAAAAUUUUUAAUAUGCUUAAGGCGUUAAUUGAUUGAGAUCAUUCUUGUUUUCAACAAUGUCAUAAUUAUGAUUUAUAAAUGAUUAAUACUUACGUGCAUAUUUGUUUUUAUUUAAACAUUUAUGAUCUGAGUAAAAACGCGCCUUAAUAGAGUAUAUUUUAAGUGCUGCUAAUAUAUUUAAUUUAAAUUUAAGGCAAUAAGCCAGUGUAGCAAACUGGCGCGUUAAAAGCGCAACUCGAUAGCAAUAAAUGUAAAUAAUAUAAUAGAUAGGUUAAUUAUUACUAUAUGUUGAGACCUUUUGUAAUUUUUUAAGAGAGCUUUAUGCGGUGGGUCGCGUGUACAUACAGUUAGAUUAGGUUUGAGUGUGAAAUUCUGAAUUUCGCUCAUAUCUUCCAAGUUAUGGUUUUGAUAUUUGACCUUUACGAUUUCCACAUUUGUGACUGAGCUGAAACGUAAAAUUCUGUGUUGUCAAUUCUACAAGAUAUACUUUACUCUUGCGAAUAUUUUACUUAUAAAACCGUGUAAAAACUAUAAAGAAAUACUCAUGUAUUCCACGU